AGCCCGGGUGGGCCUCUUCUUCUCGGCGACAUGCUACUGGCGAUAACGCCGCAAAAAGGCCAUCCACGUUUCCCUGCCGGGGGUCUGGUUGGCCGCUGAACGCUGGACAAUGGACUCUUCGCAAACCGGCCCGCUCCUGAGGGCGUGGUAAGGUCCGUCUAUACCGCAGAUAUGUGCCUAGGCUCGGAGCCGCCCAGGAUGGAGGUAAGGUGCUGCUGCUGUACCUAAGGCAAGAUAGAUACGAAAUGGUGCUUCAUUAGUCAGGUAGUAUGCGCGUGGCCGAAUAUAAAGACGAAUCCGCUCCCUCUCUUGUUCCCUCGCUCUCUUCCGUCUGAGUCUCAAUCCAAAGCACCUGAAGGUCUUGUCUUCGAACCACUCACAACAUCAACCCGGUAAAACGCUGCUUCCCCCAGGCGGGCUUCACUAUGGGCGACACCAAGGAAGAGCCGAAGAGCAUCAGCGCCUACGGGCCUGCUCGCUCGACCGUCAAGGGAGCCCCCCUCUCCAAAGACCAAAUCGAAAAAUACAAUGACUUCUUCAAGGCUAGUCUGUAUCUCAGCCUCGGCAUGAUUUACCUCCGCGAAAAUCCGCUUCUCAAGGUGCCGCUCAAGAAAGAACACCUCAAAGCCAGACUCCUCGGCCACUUCGGCUCUGCCCCUGGCCAGAUCUUCACGUGGAUGCACUUCAACCGUCUGAUAACGAAGUAUGACCUCGACUCCAUCUACAUUUCCGGCCCCGGCCACGGUGCCCCAGCCGUCCUGUCCCAGGCCUAUCUCGAGGGAACCUACUCCGAGGUCUAUCCCGUAACCUCGGAGGACGAGGAGGGCAUGCAGAAGUUUUUCAAGCAGUUUUCCUUCCCUGGCGGCAUCGGCUCCCACGCCACCCCAGAAACCCCGGGCAGCAUCCAUGAGGGCGGCGAGCUCGGCUACUCGAUUUCCCAUGCCUUCGGCGCCGUCUUUGAUCACCCGAACUUGAUUGCCUUGACCAUGGUGGGCGAUGGCGAGGCCGAGACUGGCCCGCUGGCCACCUCAUGGCAUAGCACCAAGUUCCUCAACCCCAUCACCGACGGAGCCGUCUUGCCCGUCCUGCACUUGAACGGUUACAAGAUCAACAACCCCACAGUCCUUGCCCGCAUCAGCCACAAGGAGCUCGAGAACCUCUUCCUUGGCUACGGCUACCAGCCGUACUUUGUCGAGGGCGAUGAUGUCGAGUCGAUGCACCAGGCCAUGGCCGCAACCCUCGAGCACUGCGUCGUCGAGAUCAGGAAGUUCCAGAAACAAGCCAGAGACUCUGGGAAAGCAUUCAGGCCAAUGUGGCCAGUCGUCAUUCUCCGCACCCCCAAGGGCUGGACCGGCCCCCGGAAGAUUGACGACAAGUAUCUCGAGGGCUUCUGGCGCGCCCACCAAGUCCCCAUCACCGACGUCCAUACCAACCCCGAGCAUCUCAAGCUGCUCGAGAAGUGGAUGCGAAGCUAUGAGCCCGAACGCCUCUUUGUCAACGGCAAGAUCGGCCCGGAGCUGAAGGCGCUCUGCCCAACCGGCAAUGCUCGCAUGAGCGCCAACCCGGUGGGCAACGGCGGCAUCAUCAGGAAGCCGCUCAAGAUGCCCGAUUUCCGCAACUACGCCAUCCACGUGGAGAAGUCGGCAUCGACCAUGGAUGCCAGCAUGAGCAACAUGGCGCUCUUCUUGCGCGACAUAAUGGCACAGAACCCUACCAACUUCCGCCUCUUUGGCCCCGAUGAGACCGAGUCAAACAAGCUAGCCAACGUGUAUCGAGCGGGAAAGAAAGCCUGGAUGGGCGAGUACUUUGAAGAGGACGAGGACGGCGGUAACCUGGCGAUGGAAGGCCGCGUCAUGGAGAUCCUGUCGGAGCACACCUGUGAGGGUUGGCUGGAGGGUUACAUUCUCAGCGGCCGUCAUGGUCUGCUGAACAGCUACGAGCCCUUCAUCCACGUCAUUGACUCCAUGGUCAACCAGCACUGCAAAUGGCUCGAGAAGUGUCUCGAGGUCGAAUGGCGCGCCAGGGUCGCCUCACUCAACAUCCUUCUGACUGCCGUGGUGUGGAGACAAGACCAUAACGGCUUCACCCACCAAGACCCGGGCUUCCUCGACGUCGUUGCAAACAAGAGCCCCGACGUUGUCCGAAUCUACUUGCCGCCCGAUGGCAACUGCUUGUUGAGCUGCAUGGACCAUUGCCUGCGCUCGACCAACUAUGUCAACGUCAUUGUUGCAGAUAAGCAAGAGCACCUGCAAUAUUUGACCAUGGACGAGGCAGUUAUCCACUGCACCAAGGGCAUUGGUAUCUGGCCGCAGUUUUGCACCGACGCUGGCGAGGAGCCCGACUUGGUCAUGGCCGCCUGCGGAGACAUUCCAACUCACGAGGCCCUGGCAGCCGUCGACCUGUUGCUCCAACACUUCCCGGAGCUCAAGAUCCGCUUCGUCAACGUGGUCGACCUGUUCAAGCUCAUUUCACACGUCGACCACUCGCACGGCCUGACGGACGAAGAGUGGAUAUCAAUAUUCACAAACGACAAGCCCAUCAUCUUCAACUUCCACAGCUACCCGUGGCUGGUCCACCGCUUGACCUACAAGCGGCCCGGCUCCCAUAACCUGCACGUACGCGGCUACAAAGAGAAGGGCAACAUCGAUACCCCGCUCGAACUAGCCAUCCGUAACCAGACGGACCGCUUCAGCUUGGCAAUGGAUGCCAUUGACCGCAUGCCGAAUCUUCACAACCGCGGCUCUGCGGCCCGCGAGGUGCUGCUCAACGACCAGAUCAAGGCGCGCAACGAGGCCUUCGAGACGGGCAUUGACCCCCCGUUCCUCAACCAGUGGAAGUGGCCCCACACUGGACUGUGGAAGCAGACUGUGACCAAGUUGACGUCGUGAAAGAGACGGAAGGAUUGAAAACCUUACGAGUUGACGAUAGAUUCCGUUGUGGGUUGUAGAAAGCACGGCGUUUGGGAGGUUGGUGUAGACUUUUUUGUCAUAUAACACAUUUUUUUCCGAUUCAAUGGAACAUUACUAGUGGCCCUUGCUGGUUUCCUACUUCCUACCGACCUGGUCAAGUGUAUAGACCUUUUCAGUGAAAUAGUCUUUAUUGAGUAUGUUCAAGAUCUCUCUUCCUCACCUAGGGAUGGAGCUGUGACGCAUGCAAUAUCGUGUGGGCCAUGAUCUUGUGGACCCAAACCAAAACAUGCUGCUGAAUGUAUAAGCCA